AUGAAUAAUACAGCUGUUGAUCAAACAAGCUCUGCAUCUCCUGUUCCACCGCCAACACCUAUUGUUGAGCAACAACCUCAACCACAACCACAAUUACAGAUUCCCCAUCCAGCAAACAAUAAAGCUGAAGUUGUACCCGAACCACCAUCACCACCAACAUCUGCUCGUUUACAUGGUCCAUUUGGUCAAAUGAUUCUUGAUUAUCGUUCAACAUUAACUUAUGCUCCAAUAACAAAUUCAAAUCUACAUCAUCAUGAAACCAAUCAAAAAGAUUUACGUAUUUGUGUCGCUGUUCGAAAACGACCAUUAAAUAAACAUCAUUGUCUUGUUCAUGUACCAAAAUCAAAAGUUGAUUUAACUACAUAUCUUGAUAAUCAAACAUUUAAAUUUGAUUAUACAUUCGAUGAAAAAGUCUCAAAUGAACUUGUUUAUCAUUAUAUAGCUGCUCCUCUCAUUGAUACAAUGUUUAAUGGUGGUAAUGCUACUGUCUUUGCAUAUGGUAAAACAUCUACAAUGGGUGGUGAUUUAUCAUCAGCAAAGACGGAUUAUUCACAUGGUAUUUAUGCACAAAUAGCACGUGGUAUAUUUCAUCGUUUAUUACAACCACAAUAUCGUACAUCUCUUGAAAUAUUCAUUACAUUUUAUGAAAUUUAUUGUGGCAAAGUUUUUGAUUUACUUAAUAAUAAAAAACGUUUACGUGUAUUUGAAGAUCAAAACGGUUUUGUUCAAGUAUGUGAUCAACAAGAACAACAAGUAAAAUCUAUUCAAGAUGUAUUGAAUAUCAUUCAACAUGUACGUGGUAAAAAUCAACGCCGUGUUCUUGUGACAAUGGAUAUGUAUAAUGGACAACCAGUAUUAGUUAAAAGCUCACAAGUAUGUGAAAUUCACAGUGAUGGAAAUUAUUGGCAAGCAAUAAAAAGCAUUGGCAUUUUCCCCGACAUAUUAAUUGUUGAUUUAAAUGGUGCUUUCGGUGAAACAGACACAAAAAAUCGCGAGAUAAUAAAAAAACUCGCACUAAAAUAUCCUGUUCAUACUGGAGGUGGUUUACGAUCAUUGAGCGAUGUUGAAGAUGUGCUGAAAUCAAAUGUUCGUCGAUGUACUGUAGCUAGUGCAGAUGAUGAAUUGAUUGCAAAAAUACCGAAGGAUCGUUUAAUUGUAGAAAUGAGUAUUAAUGAGAACAACGAAGUACUCAUUCAUGGUCGUAAAACCAAUACUCACGUAAAUAUAAUUACGAAAGUCAAUCAGCUUAUUGCGAUGGGUGUUAACGUUAUCAGUAUUACAUUUGUUAAUGCUGAAGGACAUUUAUCGGGAAUACCUCGAAAACAAAUACAAGAUCUUCUUGUACAAAUUCCAAAAAAUAUCGAGAAAAUCUAUAUUGCUGGUGGAAUAAGUACAAUGGACGAUUUAGAGUAUUUAUGGUCAUUCAAUCGGAUCAUUCCACAACUUGGAUCUGCUAUUUGGAAGAAAAAAUUGACAAUCGGCAGCAUAUUCAAUGGUAUGAUCAAUUUUGACGGCAACGGAACCGUCUCAAGUAUUAUUCAAGAUUUGAAUGGACUUGUCAAAGGAUUGUGCUAUAUGAAUCGAGAGUCCAUUGAACAGACAUGCGAAACAAGACAAUUAUAUCGAUAUUCGAGAAGAUUUGGAAAAGUAAUGAUGAAAGGUGAAACAUCGGGUGAUAUCCAGCAUAUUGUUAGAAUCAGUUUAGAUUGUGAUAUGGAUGCAAUGUUGAUGAUAGUCGAUUCACAAAAAUCAUUUUGUCAUGCAGGUAAUUAUAGUUGUUUUAGUUUGCCAACAAGUAUUAAAGCAAAUUUAGCUACAUUAGCGGAGCACAUUAAAUCGCGUAUCAACCAAGAUAGUUAUUCAGGAAGAAUUCAAAGAAAUCCACAAUUAGCUCUUGCUAAAAUAAUGGAAGAAUUUUGGGAAGUGGUAGUGGCUCAUCAAGACAAUCAAAUUUCAGAAUGUAGUGAUUUAUUGGUUCAUCUAGUCAUGUAUUUGAAUGGAAGCGGUAUAUCGAUUGAAGAUAUUUUUAAUGAAUUGCAUGCACGACGAUGGGCACCGAAACUAUUAGUUGAAAAUACAAAAAUAUCAUCUAAUGAAAAAUCGAAUGAAAUUGUAAUUGGCAUAAGUGCCUCUAAAUACCCCGACAAAACCGAUGAAUUCGCUGAAGAACAGUUGGGAAUUAAAAUCGCUCGACAUUCGGGAAGAAAUCUGUUAGUGGAAGGACAAAUUGUUGAUCGAGAUAAAUUUUGCAAAUAUUUUUCUCAUGAUGAAAAUAUGAAAGUAUCACUAUUUAUUAGUAGACCACAAGAUAUGCCAUGGUUAUUAGCUUCAAAACGUGUGGCACAUGUUAUAACUUUCGAAACUGUGAUUAAAAAUUAUCCAAAAUUCUAUACUGUUCUUCAUGAGAUUGUUGAUCCAUCACUUUCUCUAGCCCUGGUAUGUCGCAAAGGUGCAUGUGUAGAGCCAGAAAAAUGGACCGCUCAAAACAAGCCGCUUAUUGCUUCUGAACAUGUUCAUCAUGUAACACGAUUUUUGGAACAAAUGAAUAUAAAGCAUGACAAAUACCAUUUAGAUAAAAUCACAGGAUCAUCUGAAGGCUUUCUCGUCAAUACAGAUAAAUAUUUAUUAGCUGAUACUAUCGUGGAAACUGGAAAAACUCUUGAAGAAAAUAAUUUAGAAAUCUGGAAACUUAUUAUACCAAAAGGUCAAUUACGUAUUGGACUUUACGGAUAUUGCAACUAA